UCCUCCUCCUCGCUGCAGCCUGACUCUGACACCACCGGCAUGCCUACAAACUGAGAGCUGUGCAGUGACACACAAAGAGAGGCACCUCCGGUCCUGUCAGACUCACAACUUGUGUUUUUAUUCGAAUCCCCACUGAGGGAGAAGAAGGAGACGGACUGAUUUAAGCACUGCGCAGGCUUUCUGGGAAGAGAGGAGGACCAAACCCCCCCCCAGGUCUGUCCCUGACACCGCUGCAUCCCCCAUCGCUGAAAGAGGAGGAGACCACAGAACUGCUUCAUCAUGAAUUUUGUAAUGAAAGCUGCGCUGGGAGGGGGACCCCCUGAUGUUGGCAAGAUGCUGGGUGGGGAGGAGAAGGAGGAAGACCCCGAUGCAGCCAAGAAAGAGGAGGAGCGACAGGAGGCGCUGAGGCAGCAGGAGGAGGAGAGGAAGGCCAAAUAUGCCAAGAUGGAGGCGGAGAGGGAAUCGAUGAGGCAAGGCAUUAGAGACAAGUACGGGUUGAAAAAGCGCGAGGAGGCCGAAGCGGAGGCGGCAGCCGCUGCAGAGGUGCCCGCAGAGGGCAGCUUGACCCGACCCAAGAAAGCUGUGCCGGCUGGAUGUGGAGACGAAGAGGAGGAGGAGAGCAUCAUGGACACAGUGAUGAAGUAUCUGCCAGGCCCACUGCAGGACAUGCUGAAGAAGUAGCAUAGCUAACAUCGUAGUUGUAGCUUCAUUCACAGGGUUGGAUGAGUCAGACCCUUAUUUGAUAUUUCUCUCACCCCCCAACAAUGACACAUAAAACAUAAAGUGAAGGUAGAAUUGAUGAAGUGUUUUUGUUUCAGCCAAAUCAAAGUUUUCUAAUGAAGCGACGACCAACGAUGUGAAAAAGGCCAUUAGCCUAAACUGACUCAACGUCAGCCAGGUGAAUUUUAGCUCGAUGGACGUUAAUCUAAUAACUAGAGGAGGAAUAAACACAUGUUGGAUGGUUUCUCCUUCUAUUUCUGAGAAGUUUUAAACUUAUUUCUCUCCUCUGCGACAGCUGUGAAGCUCUCUCGCAAAAAUAAUUCACCACUUCCUUUCAAUUUGUACAUAAAUAAACGCAUUGGAAGCCUCACGGUGGGUGAAAAGCUACAGAAAAUUGCCACAUAAAAAUAAUAAUAAAAAAAGAUUACUCGAUAAGCCAUAUUUUAAAAAAAUAUAUAAUAAAGACUACUGUCGUGUGAUCCUAAAGUUUAUGUUGUGUGUUAAAACGUGUGUGAAAUUUAUGUGAAUCUUUGCACACAGUGUCACACUUCCUCUGUCAUGUCUGCCCUUCAGGCACUCCCACAGCACUCAGACAUCAGUGUGGUAAAUGUUCAUGUUGUACAGUGUUUAGAAAUGUUUCUGUUCCCUUACUGAAUGUGUCUCCUGUGUCUUGCAUGCCAUUUGUCUGGGAAAAAAACAGUUUAUUGUGAGAAUAUGUAUCCAAACUUCCACCUGUUCGCUAUUUAUCACAUUCCUUCUCAUGCAAAAAAAAAAUAUAUAUAUAUAUCAAGGCAAUAACUCCUGAGUUUAACUGUGUUUUUCACAGCCAUGUUUAUAUAGCCUCUAUUACUAUUAUCAAUUCAACAGUAUGGUAUAGUAUAUACAGUAUUCAGGAAACUUAUGUUUUGCUGGGUUUUCUUUUUUCGUGUGCGUUUGUUUUUGAGUUCUUGUUUUGGUGAAGAAUGACCGAGUAGCUGUUCAAACAACAGCUAAAACCUUAAGCUUUCAGCCAUAAAAACACAACUGACAAUAGUACAAUCAGGAUCCAUGAGAAAUGAAAGGAUAUGGAGGGAAAACCGAAUGUAGCUUUCACAUUAGCUGUAAUACACAGGAGAGGACAGGAUUGAUGAGAAAAGAGGCCGCCUUCCCUCACACAAUGUGAAGUGACUACCACAGUUCACCUGUUGAGUUUCAGAAAAGAAAAAGAUCUUAAGAGGUUGAGUAUAAUUGUUCUGGAUGAGCGAGACACAGAAAGGAAAGAGCAAUAAGGGAUUAACCUGUGUAUGUUUCUGCUUGAGAUUCAAUAAAGAUCUUGUUCAGACAGAA